AUGGCCACCAUUUCUCUUCACUUUUAUUCGCAUUGUUCCUUUGUCUAUCUCUUUCUCUUUUCUGCUUGUUUCCUCCUCCUUUUACCAUUUCUCUUCACUUUUAUUCGCAUUUUCCCCACUUUCUCUCUCUCUCUCUUCUUCUUACUGCCUCCUCCUCGAUUUAUUAUUUCAUUUCACUUUUAUUCGCAUUGUUUCUUUUCCUUUUUCUUCUCCUUGUUUUCUCCUCCUCUCAUUGUUCCUUUGUCUCUCUUUUUCUUUUCUUCUUCUUGUUUCCUCCUCCUCUUACCAUUUCAUUUCACUUUUAUUCGCAUUCAUUUCUCUUCACUUUUAUUCGCAUUGUUCCUUUCUUUCUUUCUUUCUUUCUUUCUUUCUUUCUCUCUCUCUCUUUUCUUCUUCCUAAUUCCUCCUCCUCUUACCAUUUCACUUUUAUCAACUGUGUUCCGUUGUCUCUCUCUCUGUCUUCUUCCUACUUUCCUCUUUAAAUAUUUCGUUUUAUUUUCUUUAUUCAUUUUACUCUCUUCCUCUUUCUUUCAAUCAUUCUUUCUGUUUCUUGUCAUCCCACCCUUUUCUCAUUUUCUGUUCUUCCUUCUUUCUUUCCUUCCCCAUUGCUAA